CCUGUUUCUGUCCAUGAUCGUAAAAGUAGAAUCAAGUUAUUAGAAUCGAGGUUUUGUGACAGCUCUGGAACAUCUGGGGUGGCGCGAAACCCUUUCAAACAGCCAUUUGCAUUCUCUACGCCGUUUAAACCGAUGAAACAUGGCCAAGAAAUUCGUUAAGCAACUAUGUUCGCUUGAGAACCGCUUACGCGGCCGUGUGCUCCAAACGCACUCCCAUUGCUGACUCGACAAACCCUCCAACAAGACAUUUGUCAAGAUCUGACAACGUUUCUUCCAAGAUAGAAAGCUAGAAACUCUCCAAGAGUUGAAAAAAAAACUACCAGCUGCCAGCCAUACUUGUUUAUGCCCGUGGCGUACAACCGUGACAGCCAUGACCGUCAUCAAAAUCGACGUCGUUUUUGACUUCGUCUGCGCCUGGUGCUACAUCGGCAAGCGCAAGCUAGACAGGGCCAUCGCCCUCUACCAGAAGACAUAUCCGGGCGGGAAGGACGACGUGUUCGCCAUUACCUGGCACCCGUACUACCUGGGUUACAACCCCUCGUCCCAUAGCGUGGACAAGAGCCAGCUGGCCGAGACCAAGCUGAGCGACAUGAGCCCCGAGCGACGCGCUGCUCUGACGCGGCGCAUGGAGCAGGUUGGUCGUUCCCUUGGCAUCAACUUCCAGUGGGGAGGCAAGAUCGGGCCCGAUACGCGUGGCGCGCAUUGUCUUGUACGUCUCAGCCGCGCAAAAGGCCCCGAAGCGACGGCAGACGUGGUCGAGAAGCUAUUCGAGGCAUACCAUGAGCUCGAGAAGGAUAUUUCUGAGGAGGAGGUGCUCCGUGCCGUUGCAUCGGAUGCCGGUCUUGAUUCUGUAGAAGUGGAAGGGCUGCUGAAGUCGGAAACGGGCCUGGAUGGGUUGGACAACGAUGAGAAGCGAAGUCAGGACAUUUCUGGCGGCGCCGGAGUUCCUCUUUUUGUCAUCCAGGACAGUCACCGACUUGAAGGCGCCCGGGACGCGUCAGACUUCUAUGAAGCGUUCGUUCAGGUGAAGGAGACGGAAGCACCUGCGUCAUAAAAUGGGGAUAGAGCUCCAGCUAGCCCUGUCAUCUGAGCACUAGGGCAUAUAAAGAUGGGCCGCAAGUAUCAAACCUCUGAAGUUUCCUCGGGUCGCGGUUAAUCUAUUCUGCUGACAAUCUCUUAUUGAGACGCUUGUUCAACGGCCUCAAGCUGCUGGAGACUAACGGG